GUCACCAUUGCGCAUAUAUUGUUGCUAUCAACUGGGGAUGACUCGAAAUGGCGUGUCUCGUAAAAUAAUAUUGUAAAUACCAGACUGUGCUGUUGUGUUUACUGAUACCUCGCUUAAUCUAAGGGAUUAUGUCAGUAAGUGGAUCGGUCUGGGCGAGGUUGAGGGUCUGGUGUGGGAGCUGAGCUCCGCGCUGGGUUUGGAUGCGCAGUGCGCCGCUGCUGAUGCUGACUGGACUGCUGCAGUGUAAACAAGCCUGUCCGGGCUGCAGCGCUGCAGUUUGGAAGAGAAAAGACAAACACACUUGUAGGGAUAGUUCACCUCUCAAAUUUAUAGAGGCAAUUGCACUUUAUCUGCUCACAGUCUUGUUUCUUUGCGCAACGAGUUUAUUUAAAAUUCUUUUACGAGCCUGAGACUGCCUGGACGCUUUUAAGGAUUUUGACAUAUUUAUUCUUGAUCAAGUAAAUGCUGACUCUGUCCAAUCGCGUCCGUUUUAAAAACCAGAUGGACUUCGCUGUUGAGGAACCAUUCACUUUUUGAAUCGCAGGGAAAUGAGUGACAGCGGGGAAAGCGCGGAUCCCCGGGACACGACUGCGUCAGGGAGACCGACCUUGCCACUUCGGCCUCCCUGCGAGCGUCUCUCCGGCACCAAGAGCAGCAUCUGCUCCCGCUCCUAUUUCGUGGUGGUUAUGGUGUUUUUUCACGUGUACAUCAUCAACGUUAUCGCGCUGCUCUUUUACGUGCACUACAGCAGCGGGCAGGAGGAUGCCACGCAGAGUCGUGAUGCUCCCAGCGGUGGCCACCCGCGCCCCGAGUCCCGGCGUCCGCCAUCCAAACCCGAGUUUCACCGGGAUGUGUCCCUCACGAGAAUUGAGGGGAUAAGAGUGGGACACGUCCAGAAGGUGUCACUGGUGCCGGGCAAAGUGCACGAGAUGCGGACCCUGAGCAUGAAGCCACUGCUGUUCGAGAUCCCUGGGUUUCUGUCAGACGACGAGUGUCGUGUGGUGAUGCAGCUGGCACAGCUCAAGGGCCUUAUGGAGAGCCAACUGAUGGUGCAAGAUGGACAAGAAGAGCUUGCCAAGGAGCUCAACCUCAGCCCAGAGGAGAUCUUUAAUCUGCUAGACAUCAACCAGGAUGGACAGUUGCAGCUUCAUGAGAUACUGACUCAUUCUCGGGUGAGGGAUGGCAUUUGGCUCACUCCGGAGAAUCUGCGGGAGAUCUAUGCUGGGCUCAAAGCUGACAAGGAUGAUAAUGGUUUGCUGAGUCUGGAGGAAUUCAGACAUCUAAGCAACGAUGCCUUCCAGCGCUUCCUCCUGCAGCGAGGGGUGAAAAGAAGUCAGCUCGUGCGGAACAGCAGGCACACCUGGCUGUACCAAGGAAAAGGAGCACACCAAGUGCUCCAGGACAUCAAGGAGAGGGUGACUCGCCUCACUCGGCUCCCGUCCACAUUAGUGGAUCUCAGUGAGCCGCUUCAGGUGGUCCGCUACGAUGAGGGGGGGCACUACCAUGCCCACCAUGACAGUGGGCCUGUUUACCCAGAAACAGCGUGCACACACACGCGCCUUGCAGCCAAUACCUCCACUCCUUUCGAGACGUCUUGCAGGUACAUCACAGUUCUCUUCUACCUGAAUUCUGUUGAUGGGGGCGGGGAGACCGCAUUCCCUGUGGCAGACAACAGGACCUAUGAUGAAGUGUCUUUAAUACAGAACGAUGUGGAUCUUCUGGACACCCGACGAAACUGUGACAAGAGCAACCUCCGAGUGAAGCCUUCCAAAGGCACAGCUGUUUUUUGGUACAACUACCUGUCUGAUGGAACGGGUUGGGUUGGAGAGCAGGAUGAAUACGCUCUACAUGGAGGCUGUGUGGUCACCCACGGCACUAAAUGGGUUGCCAAUAAAUGGAUCAACAUUGAUCCUGAUUACCAGCGGCAGGCUCGCUACCAGCAGUUGGUGUCACAACUGCCAGAAGAUGAGGACGAUGAGGGUCUGACUCUGAACACAGAAGUACAGAGUCCCAGUAUCCAUCAAGAACUGUAGGGCAAAUGCCAAAUAUAUAUAUCUAAAUGUAUAAAUCUUCCAAUCCUUCCUCAGUCCUGUGCACAACAUUUUUAGAUUCAUCUUCUGUGGCCAGUUUGUAAUGACAAGAUUUAUUCAGGGAAUGAGGUCACAGUGGUUUUAUGCAACACUAAAAGAUGCUUUCCUGUUAUUUUCUAUCUACUAAUUUUCUAUCUUCCCGUUUUAGGAAUGUUGUAUCUUUCCUGAGGAGUUGUAAUGUAAAGUUGUAUGAAAGUGUGUAGAAUUUAAUGACAUCUAGUGGUAGAGUUCAGGAUCACAGACAUCUAAAUAUCCCUCUUUCUCAAGUUCAUCGUCCAAGCAUGUGGGGGACAUUCAGCGUUUCCUUUCCUGUUCUUUACUGAAGGGCCUGCAAUGACGGGGCUUCGGAUAAGAAAUUCCGGGUUAUUCUUCACAAAUAAAAACAUUGGAAUACUGUGUUGCAUUCAUGUAGCAGGAUUCCACUAAGUGUCACACACUGAACUUCAGAUUAUGCUUCCUUUGCAUGAUUACUUUCCCAUGUUUUGCUGUUGGCACAAGCAAACAGGAAUCAAUGCACUCAAAAACUGAAAAGACUGCCAUGACCAAAAAAGCUCACACACUCAGUGUGAUGCAUGAUGCCUUGUCUUGUCCCUUGAUUUCACCAUUACAGUUCUUGUAGAAUGCACAACAGAUGAAAAUGCACAAGCUAUCACUCAGAUGUCCUAAUUCCCUGUGAUUGACUGAAUAAACAUCUUUUAAAGUACCCAGCAUCAUUGUCCCUCAUUUAAAUAGUUAGAUUAAGAAAGAUUAAGAGAGGCUCCAGUUCUCCCCUCGACCCCAUUAGGGAAUAAGCGGUAAUGAUAAUGGAUGGAUGGAUGUUCUCAAUAUUAUACUUUUUUUUAAAGUUACUUAAAAACAUCAUGUAUAAAUAUCACUUCAAUUUGUGAGGUAAAACAUAAAAACAUAAAAAAAAUGUGUCAUUCAUAAGUAGUUGAAUAUUUAAGUUAUUUCUACAGCUAGCAUCUAUUGACUAAAAUACCACAGAUUGUUUUUUUCCCUCCAGAUCCAUCUUCUCUUCUGAAUUUCCUGAAAUGUUGAAGAUCUUAAAAUUUUGUGCUGUUGUGCAGGUCCUGGAAUUAAACAAGUU